AUGAACAAGUUAAACACUCAACAAAUACUUGAAGAUUUAAUUAAUCGAAAUGAAUUGUUAUCUUUCAGUUUUUUAUUGAAUAACACUGAUGAUGAAUAUAAACAAAUGAGAUUUAACUGUGGUAGAAGUGGAUUGGAACUAUUUGCUAUUUCCUGUGAAAAUCAGGGUAAUUAUAAAGAGGCAUUUACUUUACUUGUUUGUAAAACUUUUAAUAAUAAAACAUUAGUAUGUAACUGUUGCAAUAAUGUUAUUCAGUAUGUUAGAAUGAAGAAUUACUUAAAGGUUUAUGAUCAAGUUGAACUAGAUGAAUCUAAUUAUAAUGAUAUUUAUGUUUUAUAUUUGGUAGGCAAGUAUAAAAAGAAAGUAGAAUUGUUAUUUAAGGUAUUAGAGAAGAUACCAGUAUUUUAUGAGUGUAUGUUAGAGAUAGUGUGGAAUAUUGAACAUCCAAGUGAGAAUGAAGACAUUUAUAUGGUUAAUUUUCACGUUAUAGGAAGUAAUGAGAUUUUAAGAAAAUUUCUAUUUAUAGAAAGAUCUAUUGAUAUUAAAUAUUAUUUUAACAAUGAAAUAUUAUUAGAUACUACAGGACUCAAGGGUGAUGAUAUUACAUUAACAAACAUAACAUAUAAUCAUCUUAUGAACGUCGUGGAUGAUCAUGAUAUGGAAUUAAAUUUAAUGUUAGUAGAUAAUACAUAUUUAGCAUUUACAGGAUUGAAAUAUUAUAUUAACAAUGAUGAAUUAAAAUUGUAUCAAUUAAAGUUAAAGUAUGAUAAUCAAUUAGUGGAUGGUAUAUAUAAUGCCUUAAAAAAGAAAUAUGAUAUUGCAAUAGAAUGUUUUAAAAAUUAUAAUGGCAACAAAUGUAAACCAUACAUCUAUUCAUGGAUAGGAAAGAUGUAUGAGUGUCUAGAAGAUAAGAGUAAUGCACACUUCUAUCUAAAUAAAGUAGAAGAGAGUAACUGUAAUGCAAUGAUAGGAGUGAUCUCAUCCUAUUAUACAUUAGGAUUUUAUAAUGAGACGAUGUUUUAUUCAGUUAAUCAAAUAUCUAAGUAUAAUUCACUAGACAAACCACAGUUAUAUAAAUUUAUAGGAAGAGUAUAUUUAAAGUAUAAUGAUUAUAGAAAUGCAGUAAUAUACUUUAAGAAAGCAAUAGAAAUGAAUGAGACAGACAGUUACCUUUACUUAGCAGAAGUAUAUAAACUUGAUAAUAACAAAGAGAAAGUAAUAGAAUGUUACAAGAGUUAUUUAGAAUGUCCAAAUUUACCAAUUAAAAAUAAAGAGAAAAUAAUUCUUUAUCUAAUUCAUCACUUUGAGGAUGUUAAUGAGCAAUUAAGCAUUUAUUAUAAGAAUUUAUUAUCUAAUUUAAAAUAA